UUAAGCACUCUCCUAAUUAAACUACUCACUAAUCACUUUUUUUUGUUUCUUAUAUAGUUAAGUCUCCGGUUCAAAGUCAGAAAACCCUUUUCUGAGUUUUUUUGACCCACAACAAUUCUGCUUACUCCUCGUUAUUUCCAAAUUAUUAUUACCUUCAUUUGGUGUCUAUUGUUUUUAUUUUACGGGUUAAACAUUUUGUUUUAUUUUGCUUCGUUUUGUUAUCAUACGAUCUCUUUCAGACAAUGAUCUUGUCACAAAAAAGAUGCAAUCAACGUGAGUUGCAGCUUAUUCUUGAGAACAAAUUGAGUGUCGAAAAAAGUUUCUAUUUUUGGAUUUUCCAAACAGUCAAUAGAGUUAGCCUCGGUACUUAGUUAAUUAUUUGAUCUCCCUCCAGACAACUCUCUUGUGUUGCAAGCAACAAGUGUGAAUUAUGCAAAUGGGAAGUUCAUCUUUACCUCCGGGAUUUAGAUUUCAUCCAACUGACGAAGAGCUCAUAGGCUACUACUUGAGUAGAAAAGUAGAACGCCUUGAGAUUGAGCUCGAAGUCAUUCCUGUUAUCGAGUUAUACAAAUUUGAUCCUUGGGAGUUACCAGAUAAAUCCUUUCUUCCCAAUAGGGAUUUGGAAUGGUUUUUUUUCUGCCCAAAAGACAAAAAGUAUCCAAACGGUUUUCGAACCAAUAGAGCUACAAAGGCGGGUUAUUGGAAAGCAACCGGUAAAGACCGGAAAAUAACUUGUAAAUCCUCGCGUGUUAUAAUUGGAUACCGGAAGACCUUAGUUUUCUAUGAAGGUCGUGCCCCAUUAGGAGACGGAACUAAUUGGUUUAUGCAUGAA